AUGCUCCCUCAGCUGCUCCUCUGCCUCUCCCUCUCCAUGCUCUGCAUCUCCAGCAAACCCACUGAGAAGAAGGACAGGGUCCACCACGACCCCCAGCUCAGUGACAAGGUCCAUGAUGAUGCUCAGAACUUUGACUAUGACCACGAUGCCUUCCUGGGUGACGACGAGGCCAAGACCUUCGAUCAGCUCACGCCAGAGGAGAGCAAGGAGAGGCUUGGCAAGAUUGUAGGUAAGAUAGACGAAGACAAGGACGGGUUUGUAACAGUGGAGGAGCUGAGAGACUGGAUUAAGGUUGCCCAGAAGCGUUGGAUUUACGAGGACGUAGAGCGGCAGUGGAAGGGCCACGACCUCAAUGAGGACGGCCUCAUAUCUUGGGAGGAGUAUAAAAAUGCCACCUACGGCUACAUCUUAGAUGACCCCGACCCCGACGAUGGCUUCAACUACAAACAGAUGAUGGUGCGAGACAAGCGCCGCUUCAAGAUGGCUGACAAGGAUGGGGACCUGACUGCCACCAAGGAGGAGUUCACUGCCUUCCUGCACCCCGAGGAGUACGACUACAUGAAGGACAUCGUGGUGCAGGAGACCAUGGAAGACAUUGACAAGAACGGGGAUGGCUUCAUUGACCUGGAGGAGUACAUUGGUGACAUGUACAGCCACAAUGGUGACUCCCGAUGUGAUAUCGGUGCUUAUCGUCCGGGAUAUGAGGACAACCGGCCGCAAGCCUCUGGGAACUGA